AUGCCUUGCAGGGUUCCCACGGAUACGCCCAGAUACAACUUCUUCCUCUAUAAACACUCCCAUGAAGGGGACUACUUGGAAUCUGUGGGUCAGUCUCAGUCAUUGAUUUUCUGCCCUAAUCAUUCUACUCUCUCUCUCCCUUCAUUCAAUUACAUUAAAAUACAAUGGUGCACUAUUAUAAUGUUAUAAAUACUGACCAAAGAGCAGCAGGUCCAACCCCCUCUCUUCAUCUACUCCAUGCCCGGGUACAGCUGUAGCAUUAAAGAGCGGAUGCUGUACUCCAGUUGUAAGAGUCGACUGCUGGAUGAGGUGGAGAAAGAUCUGGAAGUUGCCAAGAAGGUAAUCCACUGAAAUUCAGAUAUUGCAUACACAAUGUGGUCUUUGUGUUUUUACAAUAUUGCUCUGUGCCUGAGUGGAAGUGCACAUUUACUCUGUGUUAUUGUAAACUCAGCAUAAAAAGAAACGUCCUCUCACUGUCAACUGCGUUUAUUUUCAGCAAACUUAACAUGUGUAAAUAUUUGUAUGAACCUAACAACAUUCAACAACUGAAACAUAAACUGAACAAGUUCCACAGACAUGUGACUAACAGAAAUUGAAUAAUGUGUCCCUGAACAAAAGGUGGGGGGGGGGGGGGGGGGGGGCAAAAUCAAAAGUAACAGUCAGUAUCUGUCCCAGAUCCGGGCUCUUCGCAGAACACUGACAUUCCUGUCUUGCAGGAAAUCACACACAGAACGAGCAGUAUGGCUGGUGGCAUUGUCAUGCUGGAGGGUCAUGUCAGGAUGAGCCUGCAGGAAGGGUACCACAUGAGGGAGGAGGAUGUCUUCCCUGUAACGCACAGCGUUGAGAUUGCCUACAAUGACAACAAGCUCAGUCCGAUGAUGCUGUGACACACCGCCCCAGACCAUGACGGACCCUCCACCUCCAAAUCGGACUGAGCACCUCCAAAACUCUGUUACUCUGUGUUAUUGUGUUUACUGUGUUAUUAUAUUUACUCUGUGUUAUUGUAUUUACACUGUGUUAUUACUAUGUGUAAUUGUAUUUACUCUGUAUUGUUGUAUUUACUAUGUGUAUUGUAUUUACUCUGUGUUAUUGUAUGUACUCUGUGUAUGUAUUUACUCUGUGUUAUUGCAUUUACUGUGUGUUGUAUUUACUCUGUGUUAUUGUAUUUACUCUCUUAUUUUACUCUGUGUAUUGUAUUUACUGUGUUGUUGUAUUUACUCUGUAUUAUUACUCUGUAUGACUGUAUUUACUCUGUGUUAUUGUAUUUACUCUGUAUUAUUAAUCUGUGUUAUUGUAUUUACUCUGUGUAGUGUAUCUUCUCUGUGUGUUGUAUCUACUCUGUGAUAUUACUCUGUGUUAUUGUGUCUGUGUGCAGAUGGAAAUUGACAAUGGGGAUGAGUUGACAGAGGAGUUUGUGUAUGAUGAGGUUCAUCCUAAACAGCAUGCCUUGCAGUAGGCCUUCGCCAAGCCUCGUGGACCAGCAGGGAAGAGAGGCAGUAUGCUCCUCAUCAAGAGCCCAGCGGAUGGGGAGGGCAGGCCGGAGAAAUAG